CGGGGGUAGCACAUUCACGAUUCUCGGAUGACGGAAGCUGACAGAAAAUGAAUAGAAGCACGAUGCAGGAUCGUUUAUCGUUCUGGGCAAGGAAAUUGCUAGAACAUUCCUUCUGCAAUAAUGGAUCCGGUUCGUCAAACGUACUAUCAAUCAUAAUGUGCCGCUGCAGCUCAAACUACCCCGACUGAUGGAGAAGUGGAACCGGAAAUAGAGCUUCCCGAGAGCGGUAGGAUGGAACACUUUCGGCUGCUCCACUCACCGGAUAUGGGGAAGAAAGUCCUUGGAGGUUUGAUUAAAAAUUUAAACCAUUCCAUCCAAUUUGAUAGAAUUUCCUGAAUUCAAUUGUUCUUAAUAGAUUGAUCUGAUACUGUUUAAGAUCCCUGUUUAAGAUACUGUUCCCGCAAUCUUGACAACCAUUGCUAGCUUAAAUCCAUAUACCAAAGAGAGUAUAUUCGUGGAACAAAUUACUGAUAUUGAGUCAUCAUUACUUGCACCACUAUCAGCUAUUACUCUCGCCUGUUAAAUCCCUCUUUUACCCCGCGAUGCAACGAUGCACUUAAGGGCAUUCUAUUUUCUUCGCAUCUCUCUCUCUCGCAUAGCCCACAACGAACCGAACGACCGAUAAUAGCGAGUAAAGCUCAUGCUUGUGCAUCAUCACUGCACAGCACAGAUAACAUCAUCCCCCGCAGCAAUGUCUUAAUGUUAUUUUCUUCUUUUUUUUCUAUCGUACACAAACUGCACAUCACAUCUCUGUCUCGUCACACCGAGCAGCGAGCACAACAACCUGACCUAUCUUUACCGAACCGGGUGGGGGCGAUGGGGGCAGAGGUUUCUGCCAUCGCUAUGAAUCAGCGAUACGAGAUAUACCGAAACGAACGAACGAAUGAAAAAAAAAACCAAACAAAAACCAAUCCACUUGUGUCUAGCGAGGUUUACAAAAAAUAACAACAUGUUGUACAAAAAGGAGAAGUGCAAUGUGCAACGCGCGGCCAUACACCGCGUUGGAAGAUGAAUGGGGGAAACGAUUAGUCAUGGUACUAUUAUUAGAACGCCAAACAAACAAUCACCCCUUGUCGGCCCCCUUGUUGGAUGAUGCCAAAGAGGAAAACAGACCGGCUCGGAAGAAUAUGUUUAAAAAUAUAUCAGCAAAGCAAGAGCGACAACGGUAGCAGCCGUAUCGCGGCUUGCGGCGAUACGUGCACGGAAGGAAACAUUACUCAGCCGAUGCGGCUCCUUUCCGGCUUUCUAGAACCACGGGCGUAUUGGAUAUCUGCGCGUGGAAGUGACCGCGCGCUUCAAAAUAGUGCCCACCGUGUGACAGGUUCCCGCGAGGCGUAGAAUAUCAGCCCCGUGCCCGUGAAUAUUCUACGCGAAUAAUGACUAAGCGGUGUCGGGCGAGUUCAUCACGACCAGUGCUCUUGAAAUCAGCUGUCCAGAUGACGGUUGACGUUAGUUCGGUGUGCUUGAUGACAUUUUUUAACCGUUAAAAGUAACAUCCUCCAAAUGAAACUCUAACUACAUUUAAGGACACUGCUCUGCUCGAGUAGCGGCGAUGACACACUAGGAGCGGGUUGUGUAUUUUUAAAAACCUGCACACUUACAUCCCUACUGUACGCCAAGUGUACGCCGAUUGCUACUCGACCCUCUCCCGUAUGGUUAUGUGACGUACAGAGAGCUGUUUUUUGCUUGUUUCUUGCUCUAGUACAUAUGCACUCUCACCACCUACACCAACGCUGCUAAUGACUUUAGUUCCUAUCUUACAGCCCGCCCCUUCUUGUGCACUGCUACACAUGCGAUUGCGGGUGUGGUAAAUUAUGGGUGAGUAAAUCCGUCUGACGGGUUCUCACUCAAACCGAUUCACACCUCGGUUUAGCUUAGAUCGACCAACCCAGGCCCGGUCUAUCGAAGCCGAUCGCAUUUUCCGCGAAACGAUCCAACGAUCCGGACAUAAAGCAGCAGCAGCCGCCGCUGAGCUCGCGAGUGAAACCACUGGAUGUUGGUGAUUUUUUGUUCAUCCAAUCACAUCUCGCAUACAUCCCCAACCACGACUGGGCGCAAAAGAUUGUGUUUCUGAGGUGCUUCUGGGUGGAUUUUUUUCACGCGCGGUCUUCAGUUCCCGGUUCGUUUAGUUAGGUUGAGAAGCCACCGCUCCGUACCCGGGGAAGAGUUGUGGUUCGCGAUUUCGCGAAUAGAUAGUCCCUUCGAUCGAACGUGUGAACGAGUUUAGGGCAGCGAUUAACGCAUAGUUCGGAUUGUACGCGAACGGCUUCCUAGAGGGAAGUGACUGUUGUGCGCGUUUGUACGAAAGUGUUGUGUUGAUUGUGGUCAGUGCGGACUAAGGUGCUUGUGAAGAUGAUGGCGUAUCAGCAACGAGUUUCCCAGUAUCGUAGCCCCAGGAGAAUCGACUUUGAUGACCCAUCGACGACCAAGCCGCCGAGCCUGGCCAAAUCGGCCGUGCUUGCCGCGCUCGAGGAGGAGGAACGCGAAAAGUCGCGCGGCACCGCCGUUGGACGUCAGAGCCGCUCGAGACAGCCGGCACGAAGGACGCACGAAGCGGCCCCGUCCAUCGACCGUGAAACCGUGCUCAAGAUUAAUCGUCGCCCGCUGCAACGCCGCCACCGGUCGUGCGACAACUUCUGGCCUCCGCAGUCACCGGCCACCGACCGUCACCAUCCCUCCCCAUCGGCCGUGACCGAUGCGCUGCCGGACGCAGAUCAGGGUGAGUUUGCAAUCGACAGCCGCCGGUACGGUAGCCACGACAGCAUCCACUUUGACGAGCGCAUCCGCCGGCAGCACAAAAUUGACCCACUCCGCACACUGUACGACCGGGAGAACGUCGUGCUGACGGACUGGGGGCAACGGCCUCGCUCUACACCGCCUGCUGCUUCCGCGGGCCACCAGCGAGAGGAUAAAAAUGAUAAUCAUGUUUACGGAAGUCCCGGUACGACGACGACGCAGGUGAACGCUCCGUGUCACACUUCCGCCGGGCAGCACGAUAAUCGUACGGCUUUGCGAGAUGAUGACGGCGAGUGCGCUGCGAUGCUACCGGCAACGUCCCGGGACACCGAUUGGCCGGCCGUGCAUGGCAAUUGUGUGCCGGGACAGAACGGUGGCGAUUGUCAGCCACGGAAGGAAGUGCAUCCCCCUGAGCCGCCGCCGAGACGGUACUACCUGCCGAUGGAUAAGAUAGUGAGCGGUGAGCUGGAAGCUAUGCUUUGCUUGUUCCAAGACACACCAAUUACACCAGAACAGCAGCAGCAUCAUCGUCGCCUCGAAUCACCCGGUCGUCGCAGCGCCACGCCAUCUCACGGUGGGAAGAUGCAGCUGCACGAGCGCAGCCACUCGGUGCAGGGAUUCGAGAGACCUUCGCAGCAGCCCGCACCAGCUACCCUGCUGCAAGACGGCAUUGAAUCGAAGCCCCCGUUAAAGUUGAAACCCUGCACCGGUGGCCGGACCACACCGAGAAGCGCACUGCAACGCCACCCGACCGUGACGGACGUUAGCUGCAUCGAGACAAUCGACCAGCAGCAGGUCGAUGCGGUUGAGGCGAAUCACGAAUUCAAUUUAAAUUCAAAUACGGGCUGGAAUUUAAAUAUUGAUCGACGUCACGAACCGGCACCGUCCACCAGCGGGCAGGGGAAACCGCCGAAACAAAGUUACUCCAGCGCUGCCAGCGCCACACCGUCGGUGACGUGUGUCGCUCCCGUGGCGGAGACGGCGGUAUCUAUCGGGGCCGAUCAGCUGACCACUAAUUACUUCGACAAACAGGCGGACCCGUCAACGGUACGUUUUCCGGUUGCCAGCAACUGGAGCUCAUCGGACGCACCAACGGGCCAGCGUACCACCGUACCGCCCCGCUUCCCAGUGACCACCACCAUCCCCAUUAGUCCACCAAUCGAACGACAGCAAGACCACAAAUUUGACAGUAACGUCAACUGCACCGGUUACCACCGGUGUUGGCCGUCGGUCGGCGAGUUUCAUAAUUACAAUGAAAAACUAAUUACAGACACGGCCGACGAAGGGGCGGUAAUGGCGGUAAUGGAAGGUGGCGGUCCACUCGACACCGGAUCAACACCGCAACCGUUGGACGAGCGUCAGAUCACCGAAAACCGAUGCCAGUCGCAUUCGUCAGCAUUAAAUGUAUCAAAUCAGCCAAAUCGUAAUUGGAUUAAUUUAAAUUCAAAUCAAAUUUAUCACCAGCAGCAGCAGCAGCAGCAACGGUGGCCAUCUCCAAGGGAUCCGGUCGUCUGUCAGCGCAUGUCACCGAGCGAGCCUGGCGGAGUUGGGUUAGCCGAUGCCUAUCAUCACCGAGCUGCGUCGGUCGGGCCCGGCGAGCGUCACGGUGCCAGUGGCCAGCUCGCCCGGGAGACACAUGUUGCGUACGGGACCACUACCACCACCAGCACCACAGCGUACAACGAGCACGCUAAUGAUAACCUUCAAAGGUUCUGGCCAGUAGCAGCAGCAGCGGCAGCAGCAGGGAUAGCAGCAGCAGGAGCAGAACAGCACGAGAACUACCAGCUCGACUGUAAUUAUGAUAAUAAAAGCGUUCGGAGUCAUUAUCGCCGUGAAGCAUCGUCAUCCGACAAUGGGCAACUUCCGGUGGAGGGACCGGCACCACCACCAUCGGCUUACCGUUAUGUGACUCCAUCCCCACCGCUGCCACCGUACCCGCUGGCAGAGGAACCGCUGGCACCGUCCGUCCCCUGGCGACCCCGGGCACGCUCGGGAAGUUCCGGUUCGAGCGUAAAAAUUAAUGAGAUUUUCGAAUUUCCCCCACCGCCACCGUAUCCGUGCGAUUGUGCUGCGGGCGAUAUGACCGCGUCGGCCGGGGAGGAGGAGGAGCAUGACGAUGAGCUGCCAGAGGUGUGCCGUAGUACGAAUGUAAACGCUGCUGCUGCUGCUGCUGCUGCUCCUACGAAUACUACGCCGGAUGACACCGGAAGGGAUUGCUCUACAAGUGACCGCUCCAACCAUCGUGCCAGCGUCAACCGUUCACCGGCAGUAAACGUUGCAGUUGCCGUCAAUGCGACAACUUUCCCAUCAACGAACCCAUCGCACCGGGACCGUUGCCAGCCAACGGUUGGCUCCGGUGCCGCCGGUGCCGGUGAUAAUGAUGUCAACGCUCAUCCCACACCAAAACGCUUCGGCUCCGGUUCCCCGGAACCGAACAGCUGCAGCCAGCGGGACGAUGCAAACCCGUACCGCACCGUUACGGGCGAAUCGUUUCGCUCGCCAACGCCCCCAUCCGUACCGGCCAGCAGUAAUGUUGAUGUUGAUUAUUUUAAAACAAAUUUAACGGCUGAUAAACCACGGGACGCCAGCGCAAACAGCCGGGCGCAUCACCAUUUCGACCACCGGUGGGCCGGUGCACCGCGGGACAAAUCAAUCGACCCUUCGCCGUGCCAUUCCGGGGCCGAAAAUAGCGCACCGGCACGGUCGGAACGCGGCACCGAGGCCGUCGGCACGCCGGUACGACCAGCGCGCAUGAUUAGUUUCACCGAUGGUGAGUUUAUUUUUGGCCCGUUCGACGAACGGACGCUGGAAUUUGGACGAUUUGAAUUAUUGAGCGAUAAACGGGGGCAGGGAGCGCAAACACCUGCCGCCCCCGGUCGGACUGGCAGCACGGACGAGUCACUGGAAAAUGGCGCAACCGAGGACGCUGAAUGGUGCAACCUUGCUCACUCCCCUCCCGGCGAGUGUCAACAGUUCCGAGCUCCCUCGCCUCCCACCGACUACACCCGCUGCGCAAGGUUUGAAAAUGGAAAUAUAAGCCCCCGCGCUACAACCCCUUCGCCCGGGCGCGAUUUGACCGCGAACGAGCGGCAACAAUCAACGCCCGCUUCCGGUGCACCCACUACCGAUCCCACCCGCCGGCAAACGCGCGGCGAAGAAAUUGAGGACAUUUUUCAACAGCUUAACCACUCGCUCAAAGCGAACGCGGAAGACAGCGAGGAAAGUGCAGCUACGAAAGCGACCCUCGGCCAGCUGGUCGAGAACGUGCCGGUAAUCGAACGCAUACUGGAUGAUUUGUUGACCUUUUCGAAGCAGCUGCUGGAGCAGAAGCAGCUGCUCCAGGAGCGGCAGGAGUCGGCGAGCGGCGGCGAUGCAGCAGCCGCGCAACAAGAGCCUGGCGCACCGAAGCUGCGAGCCGAGAAUCGUGCGAUGGCACCACGGGUCGAGAUAAAUGAUGAUAAUUUAAUUAAUUUAUUAGCCUCCGAUAGUAGCGGUGGCGAGGAGGGGAACGAAAUGACGCCAACAAUCGACGACCGUGACACGCCAGAAAGGACGCACUCGGAAGGGGAGAGCAAAAAGUGUCGCGCAAACAAUGGCGCGAACAAUGGCAGUCAGCCGGUCGGUGGGGAGCUACCGCCCCAGCGGGAGGACCCAUUUACCAGCGUGGCCAUCUUCAACUGGAACCCGCUGGACGUGUACCAGCAGCAGGGGCUGUUUAUGAUUGAUCCCCGGUUCGCGCUGGCUGACAUGCGAGCCAUCUCGCCCGGGCCUCCCCCGGGUACCUCCAGUCAGUCGGCACUCUUCCCACUCCCGACAGUGCCGGAGGAGAUGGUCGAUAGCGUCACGAAUGCGGAGGUCCAAUCGCUGCACCGAACGGGACAAGAAACUGGUGUACCGAAGACAUCCGAUUGGAAAGUGGACGCUUGUCACAAUUAUUGUCCGGCAGGUGUUGAUCCCACCGUAACGGCUGGCUCAUCCAACCGGCAAUCCGGUAACAAUGUAGAUAAGAUUGUGCAAAUGAAUCAGGUGUUACAUUGCAACGAGCCGGACCACGUUCGCUGUUCGCCGGCCGCUACACCGGACAGCGGUCAGCAACGUGAGCUCACACCAACCGACGAAGGUACGUACCACUGAGCGAGUGGGUGUGUGUGUAUGUGUGUGUGAGUGUGUGUGAGUGCAAUUGUGGUGCAGUCACUUGAUUGCCUGUGUGAAGUCCACGUGUUCGCAACAGGGUUGCACAGCUCCUGCCCCCUUCGUCCCGUUCCUAGUGACCUUUCCCAACUGCAAUAGUGUGUCAAUGUUGCCGUUGUGAUAAUAUCCGAUUACACUCUAAUGUACGCCGGCGGGGUGAUGAGAUGAAGGGAAAGAUAGGGGAGAAAAGAGAUACAAGUAACAGAGCUGGCGCAAAGCUCACGUGCACCGACAGGCGUGUGAAAUGUUGCCGUUAGUUAGUAUGUGUGUGUUCAAUUAUCCGUCGUUUUAUUGUUGCUACAACCAUUACACAACCUGUUACUAUUUAUGAGUGAUAAUAAACGGUACAGUGAGGCUAAUGUACGCUUCUACACAACCUUUUUUUUAAUAACUUGUUAUGUAAACUUGUAACACAUUCGUUGUACGCACUUAGCAAAGGAAAUAAAAUAC